AGCUCUGGGAUGUCCCGCCUCCACUGGGAUUGGCGCAACCAUGGAAAGAACUGCGCUGCAAGUCAGCAUCUUUGGACUACUUUUGGCUUUUGGCAUCACGCAACCCAAGAAUGACUGGGAUAUCUACAACUUUCACAUCAACUGCACAGUGAGCAGCCGUUACGCCACCACCAUCAUCACCAGCCGUGUGGUCAAUCGUAAGGAUGAAUCCCAAGAAAUAGAGUUCCAUGUCCGGAUUCCCAAGAAUGCCUUCAUCACCAAAUUCAGGAUGCUUAUCGACGGCCAGAUGUAUGAUGGUGUCGUGAAGGCCAAAGAAGCGGCUCAGCAGCAGUACAGUGACGCCGUGUCCCGCGGUGAAAGUGCUGGCAUCGUUAGCUCAGUUGGGAGGACUCUCGAGGAGUUUAAAACCUCAGUGACGGUGGCCCCUCUAAAAAAGGUGACCUUUGAACUCACGUACGAGGAACUACUCAAACGCACGCUCGGCAAGUACGAGCUGCUGAUCCACGCUCAACCCAUGCAGCCUGUCCAAGACUUCAAGGUGGAUGUGAACAUACAAGAAAAUGCAGGGAUCAGUUUCAUCGAUGUUAAAGGAGGACUGAGCACAGGCGCUCUGGCUGACGCCAUCACCAAAACACAUUCAGACCAACAGGCUACGGUUAAUUUCUACCCGACAGUGGAGCAACAGAAAUCAUGUGAAAAUUGUGGAGAAGCGGGUAUGAACGGCGAUCUGGUUAUCGUUUAUGAUGUCAACAGAGGCCAGUCACUGGGGGAUGUCAAGACAUCAAGUGGAUAUUUCGUCCAUCAUUUUGCGCCAUCAGAGCUUUCUCGCAUUCCAAAGAAUGUUGUCUUUGUCAUCGAUAAAAGUGGUUCCAUGCAUGGCAAGAAAAUUGAGCAGACCCGCACAGCGUUAAUCCGUAUCCUGAAUGACCUGGCCGAAGACGAUUUCUUUGGCCUCAUCACUUUUGAUAACGGAGUGUCUUACUGGAAGCGUGAACUUAUUCAGGCCACCCCAAAACAUGUAAAAAGCGCCAAAGAAUUCGCAGGGAAGAUCAGAGCGCAAGGAGGUACAAAUAUUAAUGAUGCAUUGUUGGAAGGGUCACGUAUGUUGAAUGAGAACCCCAGGAAUGGUUCAGCGUCCAUCCUCAUGCUCCUCACUGAUGGAGAUCCAACCUCAGGUGUGACCGAUCUGGACACUAUAUACUCCAACGUGAUGGAGGCCAUUCAAAACAAAUUCCCACUCUACUGUCUUGGAUUUGGUUUUGAUGUUGAAUUUAGUUUCCUUGAGAAGCUGUCUUUGCUGAACAAUGGUGUCGCGCGCCGUAUUUAUCCUGACGCUGAUGCCGAUUUGCAGCUGAAGGGGUUCUAUGACGAGGUGGCCACUCCUCUUUUGACAGAUGUGGUGAUGAUCUAUAUCGGUGGCACCAAUCUGACCCAGACCAACUUCAGUCAGUAUUAUAACGGUUCCGAGAUCGUGGUGGCCGGUCAGCUCACCGACAACAACAUCGACGCCUUCAUCCCUCGUGUCCUGGCUAAUUCGAAAAACUUGGGUAUAAUUUUCUCUGAGGAGGGCAGCACAACAAAGUCAACGGACAGCAAUAUCCAGAGGGUUUGGGCCUACCUGACAGUCAAACAACUCCUGGAGAAAGAGUUGCAGUAUUCGGGAGAUGAAAAGGAGAGAAUGAAGAAUGAAACCUUGAGGCUGUCACUCAAGUACAACUUUGUCACCCCGCUUACAUCCAUGGUGGUCACCAAGCCAACAAAGGAGAAGACGGAAGUCCUUCACAAACCCAGCGAGGAAGGUCCGCCGCCUCCCGAGAGUCCCAGUUUAGUAUUGAGAAGCCCCGGCGGAGGCUCUGGGGGGAGGGGUCCUCCGGCCAGUCCAGGUUUAAAAGGCUCUAUGUCAAAAUUGCAGCGCAGACCUGUUUCAGGCAGGAGCGGAUUACCAGGUGGUAAAAGAUUUCGUGGGAUUCCAUAUUUUCGUGCUACUCCAGAUUUUCAUGGUUAUAUGAAUUCUCCGGUUGUCAUUGCACGGGAGAGCAUAAAGGAAUCCGAGCCAGUUGAUUUGCCCAGAAGUCCCUCCCUUUCUGGAAACUUUCAUUUCGUUUCUGCAACAUCACCACCUGGUUCUAUGCAUCCGGGGGAUUUCAUGCCAAGCAUUGCACAGGACUUCAUAGAGCAAUCCGAGCCAGUUGUAAUUCAUUUGCCCAGAAGUCCCACCCUUUCUGGAUACUUUCCUUUCGUUCCUGCAACAUCACCACCUGUUGAACCUCAAAUCCGCUUUUUGUUGCCGGCUGAGAAUCAAUCUCUUCCACUGUGUUUUGAUAUCACCGCUUCCACUGCACUUCGACUCCUUCACGUCCCCAGUACAGGCCUCUCUGCGAAUGGUGCACUAGAUGGAAAAAGAGGCUUCCGUGUAAUAGUUGUCCACUUCAAUCCGGACAUCACGAUUACUGUUAACAAGUAUGGCGUCACUGCUAAUGAUGGACAAGUUGAACAGAUGAUACCGUGGCAGGCGGGACAGGAGGAGAGGGUGAUUUUUGGAAGUGUGACAGUGAUUAAACGGAACUUGGAAGUUGACAUCACAGUUGGAGAAACGCGCCUGAUCAUCUUGCAUCAUGGGAGCGCUGGGGAAGAAUUCCUCUGGCCGGUUUUACGACAGCGGCCUUCAGAUGAUAACGCUGGAGGAAUUUUAGCACAAAAGCCAGCAGUUUAUGAAGACGUGUCGACACAUUUCCUAAAACUUAAAAUCAAAGACCAGGAAGUCAUAGUUUCCAGAACCAUGGCUGCUGACUACAGUUUUUCCCCGGCUGUGAUAAUGCCCUGCUGGCUCACGCCUGCUGAGUCAGCGCUACAAUCACAGCUCAGCGAUUUCACUGUCCUCUCUAUUUAAUCAAGAGCCAGUCUUCCAGAUAUGUUUCAUGAGAAUUAUGUGCAAGCACACAUUCUUAAUAUCAGAAACAAUAAACCCUGGAUUUCAUGGUCUUUCUUUCAAA